AUGGAGCUUCUUCACUGCAACUACAUUCAACAAGCUCUCGACAUUCUGGAAGGACUAUUGCUGGAGGCAGGAGAGAAGGAAGUUAGCCAGGUUUUUGUGCAACGCAUGAUCGCUUUCGCAGCCAUGUGGUCCCUAGGUGCUGUACUGGAGUUAGAUGAUCGUUUGAAACUACAAAACCACCUAGAAGCCAGCGGGACACUGCCCCUACCCACUUGCCGAACGGACGAUACGAUAUUUGAGUAUGUGGUCAACGCGAAUGGGGAGUGGAUGCACUGGGAGGCUCUUGUUCCGCAAUACGUUUAUCCAAAAGACUACACGCCGGAAUACACUAGCAUAUUAGUUCCAAAUGUGGACAACACACGGACUGAGUUUCUGGUCCAUACCAUCGCAAAACAGUCGAAACCAGUGCUGCUGAUUGGAGAGCAAGGUACGGGCAAGACUGUGAUUUUGCAAGGCUAUUGCAAGAAAUACGAUCCGGAGAUACAUGGAUUCAAGGCAGUGAACUUCUCCAGCGCUACCACCCCUAACAUGUUCCAGCGCACUAUUGAGAGUUACGUUGACAAGCGUAUGGGAACUACCUAUGGUCCACCCGCCGGUAAGAAGAUGACAGUGUUCAUUGACGACAUAAACAUGCCAGCCAUUAACGAGUGGGGCGACCAGAUCACAAACGAGAUAACACGUCAGAUGAUUGCAAUGUCAGGAUUCUACAAUUUGGACAAACCGGGUGACUUUAUUACCAUUGUGGAUAUUCAGAUAGUUGCCGCCAUGAUACACCCCGGCGGAGGUCGCAAUGACAUUCCGCAGCGCCUCAAGCGUCAAUUCAGCAUCUUCAACUGCACGCUGCCUAGCAACGCUUCGGUAGACACGGUGUUCGGCACUCUUGGCACGGGCCACUACUGCAUCGAACGAGGUUUCAAGCCAGAAGUUGUUUCGCUAGCACACAAGAUGGUUGGUCUUACCCGGAAGGUGUGGCAGCUGGUUAAGAUCAAAAUGUUACCAACUCCCGCUAAAUUUCACUAUGUUUUCAAUUUGCGCGAUGUGAGCCGCAUUUGGCAAGGAAUGUUGAAAGGCACAGCUGAGGUAAUCCACUCACCACAACGCUUACUUGCACUGUGGCAGCAUGAAUGCACUCGGGUGAUCGCAGAUCGCUUUGUUGAACAGUCUGACUGUGACUGGUUCCAGAAGCUACUUCAGCGAGUCAGUUCCGAGGAUUGUCCCGAGGUGAUUAAAGAUUAUGAUUGGUCGGAGACUUAUUUCGUUGACUUUCUGCGUGACGCACCUGAGGCGACGGGAGAAGAGGCUGACGAUGCAGAGUUAGAGGCACCGAAGAUCUACGAACCCGCACAAAGCUUGGAGCAGCUCAACAGCCGGUUAUCCAUGUUUAUGCAAAUGUACAACGAGACGAUACGAGGAGCGAAGUUGGAUCUAGUAUUUUUCAAAGACGCCAUCAUUCACUUGGUCAAGAUUACUAGGGUGAUCCGAACUCCAAAAGGUCAUGCACUUCUAGUUGGGGUUGGUGGAUCGGGCAAACAAUCGCUUACUAGACUGGCAUCAUUCAUUGCUGGCUAUAAAACCUUCCAGAUCGCACUGAGCAGGUCCUACAAUGUGAGUAACUUGCUUGAAGAUUUGAAGUAUCUUUAUCGCACAUCCGGUCAGAAAGGCACCGGCAUCACAUUUAUCUUCACUGACAAUGAAAUCAAAGAUGAGGCGUUUCUGGAAUACCUGAACAACAUGCUCAGUUCUGGGGAGAUCGCCAACUUGUUUGCUCGAGAUGAGAUGGAUGAGAUUUUACAAGACUUGGUUGGACCAAUGAAGCGUGAAUUUCCUCGUCGUGCCGUUACCAAUGAGGCAUUGGCAGAAUACUACAUGAGCCGAAUCGUAAAAAACUUGCACAUAGUUCUUUGUUUCUCCCCCAUCGGACAAAAAUUCCGCAACCGCAGCCUCAAGUUUCCUGGCCUUAUUUCAGGCUGCACCAUGGACUGGUUUCAACGUUGGCCCAAGGAUGCCUUGAUUGCCGUGUCAGACCACUUCUUGUCAAAAUUCGAUAUUGUUUGCACUCCAAGUGUGAAACAGGCGGAUCUGGUGGCCGAAGCUUGCGUCGAAUAUUUUCAGCGCUUCAGACGCCAAACCCACGUGACACCGAAGUCUUACCUUUCGUUUAUUAACGGAUAUAUGGAAGUUUACAAAACAAAAAGAAGGGACAUUGACUUUUUGGCUCAACGGAUGAACACAGGUCUGCAAAAACUUGUUGAUGCCACGGAGUCCGUAAACGUGUUGAGCAAAGAAUUGGUAGAGAAGGAAAAAGAACUAGCACUAGCAAACACGAAGUCGGAGGAGGUAUUGCUUCAAGUGCAAUCGCAAGCAACGGCGGCACAAAAAGUCAAGGCACAGGUCCAGUUUGUGAAGGACAAGGCACAGAGACUUGUUGACGCUAUCAGCGUAGACAAAGCGAAUGCAGAGGGGAAAUUAGAGGCUGCAAAACCCGCUCUGAUGGAAGCUGAGGCUGCUCUGGAAACGAUUAAGCCAACACAUAUUUCAACAGUGCGGAAACUGGGGAAGCCGCCCCAUCUGAUCAUGCGCAUCAUGGACUGUGUUUUGCUUCUGUUCCGAAAGCAUAUGGACCGAGUCAUCCCCGAUCCAGAACAUCCUUGUCCAAAACCCUCGUGGGGUGAAGCACUGAAACUGAUGGGUGGUGCCAACUUUCUCAAUGGCCUGUUGAACUUUCCGAAGGACACCAUAAAUGAAGAAACGAUCGAAUUAAUGCGCCCUUAUCUGGAAAUGGAGGAUUUCAACAUGGAGCAGGCCAAGCGAGUCUGCGGGGACGUAGCAGGGCUGUGCUCCUGGACCAAGGCAAUGGCAGCCUAUUUUGAAGUAAACAAGGAAGUACUUCCCCUCAAAUCCAUGCUUGCGGUACAAGAAAAACGUUUAGAAGGGGCCAUGGAAGAGCUUUCUGAGGCCCAAGCCCAACUAGACGAGAAACAACGCGAACUGGACAUAGUACAAGCGGAAUACGAUCGUGCAAUGGCGCAGAAGCAACGGUUGUCAGACGAGGCGGAGGCAUGUCGAAGAAAAAUGAAAAAUGCCACUGCCCUGAUUGAUGGUCUAUCAGGAGAGAGAGUCCGUUGGACGGAAGCCGGUCAAGCGUUCGCUGAGCAAACAAAUCGACUAGUCGGAGACAUACUUCUAGCCACUGGUUUCCUCUCAUACACUGGGCCCUUCAAUCAGGAUUUCCGAAGACUGCUCGAUAAGAGCUGGAGAAAGGAAAUGGUACAGAACAAAAUUCCACUUUCAGAGGAUUUGAAUUACAUCACCAUGCUGGUUGACAGUGCCACGUUAAGUGAGUGGAGCGUACAGGGGCUGCCAACAGAUGAGCUGUCAGUUCAAAACGGCUUAAUAGUCGCUCGAGCCAGCCGGUAUCCUCUGUUGAUUGAUCCACAAGGACAGGGAAAAGCGUGGAUAAAGAGAAAAGAAGAGAAGAAUGAUCUUCAGGUCACUUCCCUAAACCACAAAUAUUUCAGAACACAUCUGGAAGACUCUCUAGCUCUUGGUCGUCCGUUGCUGAUAGAGGAUGUCGGUGAAGAGUUGGAUCCAGCAUUGGACAACGUACUUGAGAAAAAUUUCAUAAAAUCCGGAUCCACUUACAAAGUUAAAGUCGGGGACAAAGAAUGUGAUUUACUGACCGGAUUUGUGUUGUACAUUACUUCAAAGUUACCCAAUCCCUCGUACACACCAGAAGUAUACGCAAAGACGUCUGUGAUCGACUUCACUGUCACACAACGCGGCCUUGAGGAUCAGUUACUCGGAUUAGUCAUUCUUACCGAGAAAAGAGAUUUGGAGACUGAACGGACCAAGUUGGCGGAGGAGGUGGCCACCAAUCGUCGCACAAUGCAAGAACUGGAAGACAGUCUCCUAUCUCGUCUCAGUUCAACUGAAGGAAGUUUGGUGGAAGACGAGUCGCUAAUCGAAAUGCUGAGCAUAACCAAGGCUACUUCAGAAGGAGUGCGGGACAGACUGCAAGUAUCUGCUGAGACUGAAGUCAAAAUUAAUGCAGCGCGCGAGGAGUAUCGACCGGUUGCAGCCCGUGGCUCUCUGCUAUAUUUCUUAAUGGUGGAAAUGAGCAUGGUCAACGUCAUGUACCAGACAUCAUUGCGACAGUUUCUCGGUCUCUUCAGCUUGUCAAUGAUACGUGCAGGGAAAUCUCCUAUCACGCAGAAGCGUAUCAGCAAUAUUAUUGAUUGUCUGACUUAUGAGGUGUACCGUUACACUGCUCGUGGAUUUUACGAGCUGGACAAGUUUACUUUUGCGGUGCUUCUUACACUAAAAAUUGCCAUGCACCUUGGCAGUAUCAAACGUGAGGAAUUCCAGGUAUUUAUCAAGGGAGGAGCCGCACUCGAUCUGAAUGCUGUCACUCCAAAGCCAAAGAAAUGGAUCCAGGACAUGACGUGGUUGAAUUUGGUCGAACUGAGCAAGUUGCCACAGUUCUCCCAGCUGCCCUCGCAGAUCGCGGCGAACGACAGAGGCUGGAAAAAUUGGUUUGACACAGAUGCUCCAGAGGAUUCACCAAUCCCAGAUGGCUACGAUAACUUAAACACAUUCCAUCGUCUCUUACUCGUUCGUUCUUGGUGUCCGGACCGCUGCAUUCCCAUGGCAAAACGCUACAUCGCCGAGGUGAUGGGAGUCGCGUACGCAGAAGGAGUCAUCACUAGUUUGGAGGAGAUGGUGGAAGAAUGUGACGUCCGUACUCCAAUGAUUUGCUUCUUAUCUAUGGGGUCAGAUCCAACGGAAAAUAUUGAAAGGCUCUCGAAAAAGCUGAAUCUAAGAUGUGGAGCUGUGUCCAUGGGUCAGGGACAGGAAGUCCACGCAAGGCGUCUGCUAGCAGUGAGCAUGCAAGAAGGACGUUGGGCGCUUUUGCAGAACUGUCACCUGGGUUUGAAUUUCAUGGAUGAACUUUUGGAUACGAUAAGCAACGCUGAGGGAGUACAUGAAGCAUUCCGGUGUUGGCUUACAACAGAAGUCAAUCCAAAUUUCCCCAUAAACUUGCUACAAUCAUCGAUUAAAUUCACCUAUGACCCUCCAAUGGGUGUUCGAGCUGGGCUGCGUCGAACCUUUGCAAUGAUCACACAAGACCAGUUGGAAGUGAGCAACUUGCCACAGUGGAGACUCAUGCUGUAUGCUCUCGCCUUCCUGCACACCACGGUACAGGAACGUCGAAAGUUUGGUCCAAUCGGAUGGAAUAUUCCGUAUGAAUUCAACCAAGCAGAUUUUACAUCUACUGCGCAAUUUAUACAGAAUCAUCUGGACGAAAUAGACGUAAAAAAGGGCAUUUCCUGGUCAACUGUGCGGUACAUGAUCGGUGAAGUGCACUACGGUGGACGAGUAACGGACGAUUACGAUAAACGUCUACUGAAUACAUACGCCAAAGUUUGGUUCUCCGAGGCUAUGUUUGCCGAUUCUUUUGAAUUUUGCAAAGGUUAUAAAAUUCCUAGAUGCCGUACACCGGAGGAGUAUCAAGCCAGUAUUGAAAACUUGCCCCUGGUGGAUUCACCUGAAUGCUUUGGACUACACCCAAAUGCAGAUAUCACGUAUUCCACGAACACAGCGAACUCCAUGUUGGCUAUCAUUGUCAACAUUCAACCGAAGGACAGUACAGGCGACAGUGGUGAAACGCGCGAGUCAGUCGUCUACGGAUUAGCGAACGAUAUUCUAGAAAAGCUUCCUGCGGAUUACAAUCCAUUCGAGGUCAAAGAUCGCCUGAUCAAAAUGGAUCACUUGAAGCCAUUGCACAUCUUUUUGAAACAAGAAAUCAAUCGCAUGCAGCGUGUCAUUGAUAUUGUUCGUACCACUCUAAUGGAUCUCAAAUUGGCCAUUGAUGGAACCAUCAUCAUGUCGGAAAAUCUGCGAAAUGCGUUAGACAGCAUUUUUGAUGCACGUAUUCCGAGCAUAUGGAGAAAGAUUUCAUGGGAAGCUACCACGCUGGGCUUUUGGUUCACGGCACUGCUCGAUCGCAAUGCACAAUUUAGCGCAUGGCUCUUCGAAGGUCGCCCACUGAGCUAUUGGAUGACAGGAUUCUUCAAUCCGCAGGGCUUCCUCACUGCCAUGAGACAAGAAGUGGCUCGCGCCAAUAAAUAUGCUCUAGAUGACGUGGCGCUCACAAACGAGGUUACGAAAAUGAUGAAAGAGGACGUAAACAAAAGACCGAACGAAGGUGUGUACAUCCACGGGCUGUUGCUGGACGGAGCCUCAUGGGAUAGAAAACAAUCACAGUUGGUGGAACCGGUACCUAAACUGUUGUACACCCCUUUGCCGGUGGUUCACGUGUCUGCAUAUUCAAUUUCUUCAGGAGAGAAAAACAAGACGGGCAUGUUCUACUCUUGUCCAGUGUACAAAAAACCAAGGAGGACAGACUUGAACUACAUUUUCCCGUUAAACUUGCGCAGUUCUACAGAUCCGGAUCACUGGAUUUUGAGAGGAGUGGCUUUAUUAUGCGAUGUUAGAUAG